AGCUGAACACAACAACACAACAAUAACACGACAUAUAAACACAUAAAAACACUGUAAAAUGCCCGAGAUGGACAAGCAAAGACACCCCGUCAAUAUUCAGCUUCUAGGAGUGAUGCAGAAAGAAGCAACCAAACUGUACAUGACCACAGUCCUCUGGUCAGAUCAAAAUGAGAUUACCGUCUACAGAUCGCUGGAAGACUUCAAGAAAAUGCAUAGGCAACUGAAGAAGAAAUUCCCUCCAUCAAACCCCUUUAAGAAAUCAGGAAGGAUUGUUCCUGAAUUUAAAGAAGUGCGAGUGCAGAAGAGGCCGCAGAAGUGGAGCGGCAGUAAAUCAGUGGUGCGACUGAAGGCUCUGGAGGAAUACUGCGGUAAACUGCUGAAGAGCGACCUGCAAGUCUGCCGGAGCUCAGAGCUCAUACAGUUCCUGCUUCCCAAAGCACACGACCUCAACGCUGACUUCGCCAAAAACUGUAUCGUGAUCAUGCCGUCAGAUGUUACUCUGGGCAGCGGUAAAGCUGAAUCCAACAGCGGUGUUACUCAACCCUUCGUGACGGAAACGUACCGCUGCGUCGCUAACUACGAGACCAAAGACACCAAGAACAGACCCUUCAAGGUGGAGGUGGACGAGACUGUGGACGUACUCAUCAAGGACCAGAAAGGUUGGUGGCUUGUAGAGAAUGAAAGCAAGCAUCUGGCCUGGUUUCCGGCUCCGUAUCUAGAAAGAGCCGAAAUGGCGGACGAUGGUCCUGACGAGAUGGAUAACGAAAGCGUUUACUAUGUGGCAGCCAAAUCUUAUAAAGCCAUGAACAGUGAUGAGCUCUCGGUGGAGCUGGGCUCAGUGGUGGAGGUGCUGCAGAAGUCUGACAACGGCUGGUGGAUCGUGAGGUACAAUCGAAAGGCAGGAUUUGUACCGUCCAUGUACCUACAGCCGCACAAUAACCCUCGGAUUCGCUUGAAGUCCACUCAGACGGAGAUAUCCCGCUCUACUCUUGAUUUAGCACAACUCCAGCAUCCCGAACACCAAACCCUGCAGGACUCCAGACUCCGAGAACUCAGCAGAUCUCAAGGAAACCUGCUGCUGCAGCCUCCAGCGAUCACCACUGCAGAUAAGCAGAAGUCACGUUCGCUAGGAAGACUUCCAGAUGCUAAUGCGGCCAGAAUAAACGCUCCGUCCAUCCGGGUGGAGUUUGCGGAGAGCGGGAAACAGAGCAGUGCGAGUGACGACAGCGAAGAGUUCAGCGAUGAGAGCAGCGUUUCUUUCAGCGAUUCGCUAAACCGGUCGGACGCAGAGGAGUGUUUCCGGCGGAGUCGCACACCGACUGCAGAAAGCCUGAGUCCUGAGAUCGCAGGGGGGAUUAUGGGUAGCAGAUCAGAUCCGUGUCUUAAUAAAAUGCCGUCCACUCCGAAAGUGCCGCCCAGACCCGGCGCUCAGGAGAUCCUGACCCGCUGCACCACCGUCACCCGCAAAAACAUGCAGAGAAACAGCUAGCUCAGAUCAUCCAAAGAUGCUAAUCACGUUCAUAUGCUAACUGAGUGUACUGGCAUUUCCAUCAACACGCUGGAGCAAAUAUGGGUCAGAGAAAUGUAGUUUAGUGCGGCGGGAGAAGCCACUGUGGCCUUUUUCCGUCUCUAAUUAAGAGAGUUGCGCCUCAGAUAAUAUUAUUACAACAUCUAGAAUCCUCUUAGUCUACGCUGACGUUAUCUUCAGCAGCUCAAACACUCUAAUGGCUAAUGGACAGACGGCUGCUUCUCACUCAGGGCUGCUGUUUAUGCUAAUGAGGGAGAGAUGGGCAAUAGUGGGCGGGGCUUUCCUCCUCUGAUGACAUGUACAAAGGGAGAAUG